AACAGGAAGAGAUGUUAACUGGCCGCCUGUCAGGUAAAUAUUCAACAGAGGAUGCUAGCUAUGCCCACGUCUGACACGACAAAAGGACAGCAACUCCUGAAUAACUGGAGCAAAGAUGACACCACAUGCUUUAUCGGGGACAUUAAGUUUUAGGUAUCAGACUGAGAGCCUGUAGCCAUGGAUUCUCCCAAAAACAAUGAAAGCACUUUUCCCAGCUUCGUGGACAUUGAUGACUUUCUUACCAAGCACAACUCGAACUUCAUCUGGCUCCUCGUCGCCACCAUUCUGUCCUGUGGAUGGAUCAUCUAUUUAACGUAUUACAACUCCCGCAACAUCGGCCUCAUCCUCACCCUCAUCAUCAACCGACUCUACAAAGAUGGCUACAUUCAUAUCGGCUCCUUCUCCUUCUCUGUGCUGUCAGGUAAAGUCAUGUUCAGAGAUGUCUACUACAUCAACCAAGACAUGUCUAUCAGGAUACAGGAUGGCUUCCUCAUAUUUCGUUGGUGGAAAAUGUAUAACCCAAAACAGAAACAGCAUGACCCCAAGGCAGAGACCAGGCUUUACAUGACAGUCAACGGCUUUGAGUUUCAUGUCUACAACCGCACCGACCUCUACGCCCGACUGCAGGAGACCUUCGGACUGGACCCCACACUCAUAACACCCAAAAAAGAUGACGAGAAGGGACGAGAGGACAGAAACAAGACCCUAGAAAGUGUGAACAUCAAAGCAGAGAGUCCAGACCACACGUCAUCCUGGCGCUCCCUCAUUCCUGUCGUCAAAGUAAACAUCAGCACUGGUCGUUUGGCAUUUGGGAACCACCACCUCCCCCAAACUCUGUGUGUGAACUUUGAGGAUGCCUUCCUGACGUACACCACCAAGCCUCCAUCCAGCCACCUGGACCAGUACAUGCACAUUGUCAAAGGCUCGCUGGAGAAUGUGCGCGUCAUGCUGGUUCCCAGUCCGCGCUACCUUGGCAUGCAGAAUGAUGAACCUCCCAGACUGAUGGGAGAAGGCUUUGUGGUCAUGCAGUCCAACGAUGUUGACAUCUACUAUUACCAGGAUGAACCCGGGCUGGUGCCUGUGGAGCAGGAGGGUGGGGAGGAGGCAGAGACGUGCAGUGAGGACGAUAAGCUUCAGGACCUGCCUCCAUGUUGGGGUCUGGACAUUGUCUGUGGAAAAGGAACUGACUUCAACUACGGCCCUUGGGCGGAUCGUCAGAGGGACUGUCUGUGGAAGUUCUUCCUGCCGGCUGACUACCAGGCAAUGAAAGUGACCGAGGUUGCCCAGCCAGGAAAACCCAGGCAGAUCCAGGCCUUCGAGCUCCGCAUGAACAUCAUUGCUGACGCCACCAUCGAUCUGCUUUUUACCAAAAACAGGGAAACCAAUGCCAUCCAUGUGAAUGUAGGUGCUGGCUCUUACCUGGAAGUCAACAUCCCCAUGACUGUAGGAGAGAACGGCUACUCUCCUACCAUUAAAGGCCAGUUGCUUCAUGUGGACACCACCAGCAGCAUGCAGUAUAGGACUCUUCUGGAGGCUGAGAUGCUGGCUUUUCACGUCAUAGCCGGCUACCCUCGGGUGUGGAACAUGCCUCAGUCAUGGCAGUGUGAGAUUGAGGUGUACAAGGCCACCUACCACUUCAUCUACGCCCAGAAAAACUUCUUCACCGAUUUGAUCCAGGACUGGGCGAGUGACAGUGCCCCAGACAUCUACUCCUUUGUGCCCUAUUCCUGGAAGUUUAAGAUCCUUUUCCACCAGUUUGAGAUGAUUUGGGCGGCAAACCAGCACAACUGGGUUGAUUGUUCCACCAAGCAGCAGGAGAAUGUGUACCUUGCAGCCUGCGGCGAGACGCUCACUAUAGAGUUCACUUUGCCUUUCAACGAGUUUGUUCCAACCACCUGCCAUACCCGCUUCAGCUUGAACGCAGAGGAUACAGAUAUGCGAUUGUCCCUGCCAGAGUGCCACCCAAGCCGCUACCCCCUCCUCACCCUGGCCAAAGACUACCAGAACGUCAAGCUCCCCCCAGACAUGUUCAUGCCAGGGGAAAACCAAAGCGCUCCCCCUCCCAAACCCACCAAGUCACGCUGGAGGAACAUCACCCACGCAGAAGCUGGCUGGGUGGAUUGCUGGAGUGUACCCAACUUCUUGCUCAUCAUUGACUACACCUGGCACCCCAUUUAUCCCCAGAAGGCUGAUGAGCAACUGAAACAGUCGCUGUCUGAGAUGGAGGAAUCCAUUCUGUCAGCUCUGCGUCCCCCGGAGCACACCUCGGUACACCACAACGCCACGCCACGCUACACCUCCACGUCUGCUUCAGCUGCCCACAGCCGGAUGCCCGCUGACCCCACAGAGCUCCCCCCCGAUCGACUUCAUGUGGAAAUGGAUGUGUCCCCAAAUUCUCAAAUCAUCCUCUAUGGGCCUUUGCUCCGAGCACUGAUCUCCAUCAAGGAAAACUAUUUUGGUGAGGACGACAUGUAUACAGACUUUGAGGAGGCAGUAUCCAGCCCCGUGUUGUCCACCUCCACCUCCUCGGGCCUCGGUUGGUCUCCUCUGGGGAUGGAGGACAGCGGACAGAAGGACAACUCAAACCUCCACCCCUUGGACUUGCGCCCCUGGGACAUCACUGUGCUCAUCAACCUCUACAAAGUCCACGGUCGACUGCCAAUGCACUGCAGCAGUGAGGGUCCCGAAGGUCCAUCCGGCUUCUUGGAGCGGCUGUGUUUUGAGAUGAAGAAGGGUUACAAGGAGACGAUGCUUCAGCUGCUCCUGUCUCCCAUUCACAUCUUCAUCAGUGACAACUACCAGCGUCCCACAGCGGACGGGGUAUUGAGGGACGGCCACCUGAGUCUGUCUGGCCUGCAGAUGAGGGCCCAUGCUAUGUUCUCCGCUCAGGGCCUCCCAGUGGGCACUGACACGCUGGAGUACGCCUGGCUCAUUGACAUGCAGGCUGGGGGGCUCACCGGCAGGGUCACUCUUCCACAGGUGGCCAGUAUGAUAGAGUGGGGUGAGAACUUCCUUUUCCACGGGGUUUCCCGAGAGUUCCAGCUAGAACAACCCAAGCCCUCUGUCAUCUGCCAGCACGGCCUUGACCGUCGCAUCUGCGAUGCCAAGCUGAGCUGCCUGCCGGGUCACUGUCGCACAUCAGAGGAGCUGAAGUACACCAUGACCCGACUGGCCAUGGAUGGAGUUGACCUCUUCGUAGUGGAGCACGGCUGUGCUGCCAACAUCAAGACGGCCAUCAUUCGCGUAGCCAACUGCAACCUGCACAACCAGGCAGUGGGAGAAGGCAUCAGCGCUGUGGUGCAGGACGUAAACAUCCGGCAGUACAUUGAGCAGCAGCAGCACAGCGAGGCGACCAGGCUGCAGCCAGCCGGACAGGGUCAAGGUCUGGGUCAGCCGCUAGGUCUCGGUCAGCCCCCUUUGCUGCGACGCUCUGUCUGGCUGGAGGCGGGUUCAGUCAACCUGAACCUCAUCACAGCAGACAUCGCCCUGGCCGCUGACCACCCAGCCAAAUGUGAAGUCCAGAGGCAUUUUCUGGAGCAACACGAUGCACAGAGCAAAAGGCUCUGGUUCCUAUGGCCAGAAGAGGCUGGCAUUCGCAACAAGCGCAGCAGGAACCGCUGCGGCUGCCUCGGAGGCUGCAGGUUCUUUGGAGGUACCAACAUGGGCCUGGACUUCUUCAAGCUUGAAGAGCUCACACCUUCCUCCUCGUCUGCGUUCUCUUCUUCCAGCACAGAGUCAGACAUGUCUUAUGGCCAGUCUUUGCUACAGCCAGGGGAGUGGAUUAUUACCAAGGAAACACCCAAAGUGGAUGGGAGAGUUGUCGGACUGAAGACGGGCACACACUCGCCCUGCCUGCCUCCUGAGCUGCCUGAGAGACGUGGUCAGCACCUCCUCAGUCUCCAGGUGCCCCAACGCUCCCACAGCUCCGCCUCUUCCUCUGAAGAAAAUAGUUGCUCUAGUGCCGCGUUGCCCCUGUUGGCAGGAGAGAGAGACACUCCCUCGCCAAGCACAGAGGAACGCAUGUUUCCCGUGAAUGGCAGAAGCCCCGCUGACACCCUAGGGGAGGUCCCAGAGGUUUCGCCAGUCUCACCCAACAGCUCCCAGGACCGCUCCUCGGUGCGCUCACCCCUCUGCUCCCCUCUCAAGCGCCAGUCCUCUGUACACUCCGGUCGGCUGGGCAGCACCAAGAGCCUGUCGGCUGCCGUCUUCGCCGACAAGCCGCCACCGGUUCUGUCCGGAGGCGUCCAGUUCAGCAGCGAGGUUUCCCGCAGCGACGAGAACGUCCUGGAUUCGCCACGUCAGCGUAGGAGCUACGGCUCCUUUCCCUUCACGCCUUCAGCGGACUCCAACACCUUCCACCAGUACCGCUCUGCGGAUUCCAGCAUGUCCGUGGCCGACAGCGAGGCCUACUUCUCUGCUGCCGAGGACUUCGAGCCAAUAAGCAGUGCCGACGAGGGUCCGGGGACGUACCCCGGUCGCAAGAAGAAGAGGAGGCAGCAGAUGCAGCAGCCACAGCAGCCCCCGUAUCACAUGGAAAACUACAGCCGGAGUUCCAUCUACCACAGUGUUGAGGGACCCCUCACCUACGUUCUUAAUGGUGAGCUGAUCACUGAGCCGCGUCCCCUGCCCAUGCCCCCAAUGCUGCCCCCACUGCUGCCCCCACUGCCACCCCAGCCCCUGCCCAGCCACACAUCCCAGGCCUCCUUCGUCUCAGCCCUGGCCAUGGAGGAGGAGAGCUCAGUGGAGGCGGAGAAGACGGCUGAACCUGGCCCUGUGACCCGCCAGCCGCACGUCAUGGCGUGCUACCAGAGCUAUUUAGCCCACUACCAGGUCUCAAAUUGGUCCGUCAAGCAGCCCACCAAUAAGAGGACCUCCAAGUCUUCUCUGCACCGCCCCCUAGAUUUGGACACACCCACCAGUGAGGAGAGCGCUGCUUCCUUCGACCAGCUGUCUGUUCCCAGCUUUAAGGUGAUAAAGCAGGGCCUAUCAGCUAGCUCUCUAUUUGACCGAGGACUUCAGCUGAUGGGAGAGAAUAUCAGUACACCAUACACCCCGCUGGAUAAGAGGGCCAUGGAGAACACCGACGAGGACACGACGACCGAUGACUGGACUCUGGAGCAGCCCUUAGCUCAGACCAGGACCACUGCCAUCGUGGAGGUGAAGGGAGCCGUCAAUGUGGUGCUCACGCCCCUUGUGGCUGAAUCCCUGGACAGGUACAUCGAAUCCAUGGUCCACUUCGCCAGUAUUCGUCAUCCUGCAGCCAUUCUGGAUGACCUGCAUGGGAAAGUCCUCAAUGAAGCUUAUCAGAUCAGCAAGUCCACAGUCACGGAGUCCAGCCAAACAGGCAAGCAGGAGCACAAGCUGUCCAAGACCGAGGGCACAACCCCUGGCUCCCUCAACAUCACCCAUGGCCAGACGGACCUGUCCGUCAAACCAGAUAAUGUGAAAAUCAAGGGCCUCCAAGCCAACGUCUCCAUCCCCAAGAUGAACCUUUGCCUCCUGCAGGCUUCUGUAGAGGAGGGGUCACCGUCAUGCUCCAAUAAGUGUGUCACACAUGUGUCUCUGGUGGCGCUGUGCUUCGACAGGAUUGCCACCCAGUUCAGAAUGAACAGGGGUAUUGUAGAGGAGACGCCCAACACCACGGAACAUGGCCGACCAUCAGUCAUGUUGGAGAAGUACGCCUCAGCCACCAAGAUGCAGCCUCAGUCUUCUGGAUCGCUGCGCUCCAACGCGGGCAUCGAGAAAGGCAAAGAGAUCGCCGCCAGGCUGAACAUCCACCGUAUUCACAGCCAGCUGCGAGGCCUCGACUCCACAGACAUUGGCACAUGUGCAAUCACAGCAAUCCCGUUUGAGAAGUCCAAAGUGCUGUUUGGCCUGGAGGAAAUGGAGGAGUUUUCAAUGGUGGAUGAAACCGAAGCCCAGGCCACAGCAGGCGAUCUCGGCCGCUCUGCGACAUCUCUUGAGAAAUGGGGCUGGAUUAUGUUUGAAUGUGGCAUCGAGAACCUCACGGUCAAAGGGGGCCGCCAGUCAGGAGCCAUUCUUUACAAUUCAUUUGGUGUGAUGGGACGCUCAGACACUGGGGGGAAGACGGGUAUGUCCAAGUCCAACGGUUCGACAGGCUCUCAGACGGGCAGCGGUUACAGCACCGACGUCUCUGAUGACAACCUGCCACAUGAUGCUAUCAGCCCGGCCUCUGAUGCCAACGAACACUCGGACUCAGACGACCAGGAUGAAGGAGUGGAGUCGGACGACCUGAAGAAAGACCUCCCCCUCAUGCCCCCGCCACCUGACUCCAGCAGCAUGAAGCUGACCAUCAGGGAGAUCUGGUUCAGUUUUGCUGCUCCCACAAAUGUGCGUUCACCUUCACAAGCCAUCUCCAGGCAGUUGAAUCUGCUCAGCACAGCCACCCCUGCCAUUGGAGCCUGGUUGGUUCCCAUCGACCAGCUGAAAUCUUCUCUACGCAAGCUGGACAUGGAGGGCACACUGCGCGUGUGCGCCGUUAUGGGCUGCAUCAUGACCGAAGCUCUUGAGAAAAAGAGCAUCCACAUCCCCAUCCGGAGCAAGUACAACCGUGUGACUAAAAGAGCUCGCUACCUGCAUGAGAAUCCCUCCUGUAUGCUUUGUAACAUCCUUCACCGCUACCUGCAGCAGGCUGACUACUCUGUCAUUGAAGAGGCUACCAUGAAUGAUGGUGUUCCAGCCCUUGUGACUCUAAAAAAGGGUCUGGUUGCUUUGGCCAGACAAUGGAUGAAAUUUAUAGUGGUCACUCAGGGCUUCAAAGCUAUUGGUCUGAUGAGGCCCAAUCAGCUUGCCAAACCCAAGGAGCUGCAGCAGAGCCUGGGUGAGACGAUCUUGGGCCUGGACAACGGUGCUGCGCUGCAGAGUGACACCAGCGCCGAUGGAGCUGAAUUUGAAUUUGACGCAGCCACAGUGAGUGAACACACCAUGUUGCUGGAGGGAGCAUGCAGUCGGCCCCCGCCAAAAGAAGCAAACUCUGGCCCUGUCAGCGGAGUGGAGAUCAUGAGGAAACUCUCCAAGUCCCAUACACACAACGAGUCUGCACUCAGGAUAAAGGGCUCCCAUCCAUACCAGUCGCUGAGCUACACCAGCGGUGACACAGCAGCCGACUCACCAGCCCAUGUGAGCCGUGUCGGCCUGCCAGCGAAGGACAGCCCCAGGAAGGAGAGCCUCCUGAGUAAUCUGACAGGCAGCUUUCGGAGUCUGCACAAUCUGCUCGAGGGCAUGCCCCAGAGGAACGAACCGUCUGCCGCUACCGCAGCCAAGAGCAGCUCCCUCACUCGCACAGGAAACAGUUUAGGGACAGACAUGCUGACCGAGCACCCGCUGCUCUCAGAGCCCUCCUCCGUCAGCUUUUACAAUUGGAUGUCCAAUGCUGUUGGCAACAGGACGGGGGCGGUCACCCAGGACUCCCCGGUUAAUCGCUCCCAGCACAACAGCCUGCAGACAGACCCGCUGGAUUCACCUGUCAACCACUACCAGUACCAACAACUAAACAGCCCCGAAGCAGAAGGAGGCGGGGCAUGUAACCUGCCUACAAUCCCCUCCGCAUCAGACUUCAACACAGUGCUUUCCAGCGACCAGAACACCCUGGAUGGGACCCACUCCCAGCACUCCCAGCACAGCACCAGCCAGGACGAAAUGGCCGACAUCGAGGAGGGCAACCAGUGCCCAGCUGCUGUUCAACUGGCUGAUGCUCAGGUUGUCUUCAAGCCUUUGCUGAACUACACGGGCAUCCAGGCCCAAGACGCCACUCCUCUUAGUUACAAGAUGUAUUUCGGAGAGCACCUGUCUUUUUCUGGCAACCUUGAGUGUCUCAGAGCAGACAUCGUGGACUCUGACACCUCCAAAGAGCGGAAAAACAAAAGAUCCAGGAGACAAGGCAUGGUGAACCUCCCUCCGCUGGAGUUCAAGCCAGCGCUGCUGAUUGAGACGUUCAGCCUGAACGCGGUGGUGAUGGAGAAAUCGGCCAGCGCUCCGCAGGGCCCCACUGCCGCGCCGCUGUCCUUCCACGACCUCAACCGCCGCCACUACAACACAUUCCACUGCGAUUUCACCACGGCCUGUCAGGCCAUCAGCCAGCGGGUCGACAUGGCCCUGGUGCGCCUCAUCCACCAGUUCAGCACCAUGAUCGACGACAUCAAGGCCACGCAGACCGACAUCAAGCUGAGCCGCUACACUGCCGGCUCGGCCUCCCCGACACCCACCUUCAAGGCCCGGCCGUACCGCCACUUCAGGUCCUCUGACUUUAGCCGCAGCUCCCGGGGCAGCCUCAACGGGGCCGGGCGCAGCGGAACCCAAACCCUGAAGAGCAAGAGAGGGGUGGGCGGAGGAGGAGCAGGCGUUGCUGGCGGUUUACCACCUAAUGGGCCUCCAUCAGGCAUGGACACGCUGGGGAAAAGGGAGCCGCGAGGACGAAGCUCCCUCGGACGUUCAGAGCGACGCACCUCGAAGGUGUCGAGAAAGGGCUCCCGUGACGUGGCUGACCACAUGGCCAUCCAGAUGGACGACUCCGACUCCAUCACCGUGUCGGAGCAGAGCGAGCCAUCAGCAGAAUGUUGGCAGAACAUGUACAAGCUGCUCAACUUCUACUCCCUCAUCUCCGAUCCCACUGGCAUCCUGGAGAAAAGCUCCCCAGAGAACUGCCUUUCAGAAGGUGGCCGUCGGCCCUCAGAGCCAUUCUGUAAAGUGAUCUUUGAGAACGAGCAGCAGGAGCCCACCACGCCCAACAAGCCCCCUGGCGCAGGCGGGCGGCGGCGUAGCCUGGUGAGCUCCGAGCCCCAGCACGUCACACUCAUAGUGUUCGGCAUCGGCAUGGUGAACCGCACCCACUUGGAGGCCGACAUCGGCGGGCUGACCAUGGAGGCUGAGCUGAAGAAGAUCCAUGGGAGUUUCACCCUUAAGGAGAAGAUGAAAGAUAUUCUGCACCAGAAAAUGACUGAGACGUGUGCAUCGGCUCACAUAGGAGGGGUAAACAUUGUUCUGCUGGAAGGCAUAACUCCUGACAUCCAACUGGAGGAUUUCCCAACAUCUCCCACCAGCACAGCUAAACAAGAGUUUCUAACGGUGGUCAAAUGCAACAUUGCCAAGUCCCAGGCCUUGUACAGCGCCCAGCGAGGACUGAAGACCAACAACGCAGCUGUCUUCAAAGUGGGGGCCAUCAUGAUCAACAUCCCCCAGCACCCGGCUACUUUGCACAGCAUGAUGGUCCGCAGCUCCCACCAGCUCUCCAAACAAAUCUCUGACCUCAUCCGCCAGCCCUCCAAUGUUCAACCUCCUAAUAGGGAGGACACCCCUACCCCGCAACCCUCUGACAAAGCAUCCAGCAUCAAUCAGACCCCCAUAGAAGCCAACGAGUUCCCUCAGCUCCCCGAAGGCCUGGAGAAGAAGCCCAUCGUCCUCAAGUUCAGCGCCAUGAUGGAUGGCAUCACCAUCGGGGCUGCGCUGCUGCCCUCACUCAAAGCAGAGUACAAAAUGGGUCGCAUGAAGAGCCAUGGCAUGACAGGGGCACAAACCAGUUUCACCUUUGAGUUGCCAAACCACAAGCUUUGCUUCCAGUCCAAAGUGUCCCCAGUGGACAUGUCCACCAUGCCGCCAUCAGCCAGCCUCACCCUGCCUCCGGUCACCAUGUCAGGAGAGUACAUCAUGGAGGACCACGAGAGCCACUCGGACCAGGGCUGGGCACCUGACGACUUCCCCACAAAGCAAGGAAACUACCUUCAAGGCAACUACCUGCGCUGUGUGGCCGAGAUUGGUUCAUUUGAGCACAACCUGACCACAGACCUGCUCAACCACCUGGUCUUCCUACAGAAGGUUUUCAUGAAGGAAGUCAACGAGGUCAUUCAGAAGGUCUCAGGAGGAGAACAACCCAUCCCGCUGUGGAAUGAGUAUGACACCUCAACGGAUGCAGACAAGCCAAAAAUCCUGCUUUAUUCUCUCAGCCUCAUGUUCAAGGGAAUCCAGAUGACCGCCACCACUCCUUCUAUGCGAGCUGUGCGCUUUGAGACCGGCCUCAUCGAGCUGGAGCUAUCCAACAGGAUCCAGUGCAAGGCUCAGCCCGGUGGCAGCAGCAGUUACCUCAAACUGUUUGGCAAAUGUCAAGUAGAUCUCCACCUGGCUCUUGGACAGAUAGUCAAGCACCAGGUGUAUGAAGAAGCUGGCUCAGACUUCCACCAGGUGGCGUACUUCCGAACCCGGAUUGGUCUGCGGAAUGCUCUGCAGGAGGAGAUCAGUGGCUCCUCCGACAAGGAGGCUGUCCUCAUCACGCUCAACAGGCCGAUCGUUUUUGCCCAGCCGGUGGCAUUUGACAGAGCUGUGCUCUUCUGGCUGAACUACAAGGCAGCGUAUGAUAACUGGAACGAGCAGCGCUUGGCCCUCAACAAGGACAUCCACAUGGCCACUAAAGAGGUAGUGGACAAGCUGCCAGGCAUCCAGCAGACCUCAGCCCAGGCCUUCAGCACCCUCUUCCUGCAACUGACCGUCAACGACCUGGGCAUCUGCCUACCGAUCACCAACACAUCCCAGAGAGGACAAGUACCAGUUACGGAGGGCAUCAACUCUGAAGCUGGGGCCAGCACAUCAGUAGGCCGGCAAAAUAAUGCACGAAAAGCCAACCACAGCAUAGAUUUUGACACCGGCUCAGCUAUGGUCCUGACCAUUGAGAGCACGCUGAUCACCGCCUGCUCCUCGGAGUCUCUGGUAAGCAAAGGCCACUUCAAGAAUUUCUGCAUCCGCUUCGCCGAAGGCUUCGAGACCUCCUGGGACGACUGGAAGCCUGAAAUCCGAGGGGAUACGGUCAUGAAUGCUUGCGUAGUACCUGAUGGUACAUAUGAAGUAUGUUCCAGGACUAUUGGGCAACCUUCUGCAGAGAGCAGCAGUGCCGGUACCUGGAAUCUGAAUGUGCUUUGGAAAAUGUGCGGUAUCGAUGUUCACAUGGAUCCUAACAUCGGCAAGCGCCUCAAUGCGCUGGGUAACACGCUGACAUCACUGACGGGCGAGGAGGACGUGGACGACAUCGCCGACCUAAACUCUGUCAACAUGGGCGACCUAUCAGAUGAGGACGAAGCCGACUCCAUGUCACCUACCAUCCACACGAGUCCAGGAAGCCAGUUCAGCCCUCGGCUGACCUUAAGGAAGCGUCUGGUAAACCACAUCCUGGGCCUCAGCCCCAGGCCUCAGAGUGUGUCUGGUCCAGCUGACUACUUAAACUGUGCAUCGCCUUGCCUCCGAGCGGGCAGUGCCAGGGCCCAAAGACCUCUCUCCUGGGCCUGUGAGACGAUUGACCCCAGGAGGCAGGCGGCGAUGGGGAACCAAGUGAUUGACCCCCGUGGGAGGAAGUUCACCAAGAGGGUGGUCGACAUCCGAGAGCUGAAUGAACAGGCCAAAGUCAUCGACGACCUCAAGAAAUUGGGGGCCAGUGAAGGCACCAUCAACCAGGAGAUCCAGCGCUAUCAGCAGCUGGAGUCUGUGGCCGUCAAUGACAUCAGGAGAGACGUCCGAAAGAAACUGCGUCGCUCCAGCAUGAGGGCGGCCUCUCUGAAGGAUAAGUGGGGUCUCGGCUACAAACCAAGCUACAAUCGCUCCAAAAGCAUCUCAGCGGCCGCAGGCCGACCCCCUCUGAAAAGGAUGGACAGACAGAGUUCCCGGAUAGGGGAUGUGGAUGACCUACCAGAUAUGCGUGUGGAUGCGUCCUCUCCUGGACCCCGGGUCACCUUUAACAUCCAGGACACGAUAAAUAAUCAGGACUUGGACGCGGCAUAUGCACCUGUCAGUCCAGAAGAGAUAUUCAAGUUUCCUGAGGAGACAGAGGUGGACCUGUUGUCAGCCACCAUUGAUGAGCCAUCCCACCCUCAUCACCUUCAUCUUCAUUAUCCAUCCGUUAUCGAUGGCCAGCACUCAGUUUUCAGUGCCCCUGGCACCCCUGCUGUCUUCUCACCCACACUUCCCUUCCAGCACGACGACAUACGGCGCGAUGACUUGUCCUCUUCCUCCUCCGAAGACUCCGAAAAGGAGGACGAGUUUGAGCGGGAGAGAGUGCCGAGCUAUCGGAGGCCUUUCCAAGCGUCUCACAGAAAGCCCUCAGGGUUUUCUGCGGUGAGUCAGCUGUUCAGCGAGCGCUGGCCGAGCACACCUGCCAACCGCAGCUUCGGUGGCCCAGCGACCGAAAGAAACAUUGACUUUGAGCUGGACGUCCGCGUGGAGAUCGACAGCGGGAAGUGUGUCCUUCACCCCACUACUCAGCAACCAGAGCAUGAGGACAAUCCCCUCAGGAGGAGCUGCGAGCGCAGCCUCAGGAAUCUGGACCAGGAGUCUCCCCCCAAGAAGAAGAAGCUGCAGCCCACCUACACCUCCACCUCGCAUCUCCUAGCUGGCAAGAAAUGUCCCUCCUCCCUUCAGACCAAAUCCAAUGACAUGGAGACCACAGUCUUCUACAUUCCAGGAGUAGACGUCAAGUUGCACUACAACUCCAAGACACUGAAGACGGAGUCACCCAAUGCCUCGCGUGGAUCCUCUCUCCCUCGCACUCUCUCCAAAGAAUCAAAGCUGUAUGGUAUGAAAGAUAGCGGCCCUCCCAAUGCAGUCCAAAGCAAGACUAACUCGCUCCUACCUCCCCCGCCCCCACCUAUUCCAUCAGCCAAAGGUAAGGGCAGCGGCGGGGUAAAGAUGGCUAAGCUGUACGCCUGGGUGGCCCUCCAGACUCUGCCAGAGGAAAUGGUCAUCAGCCCCUGUCUACUGGACUUCCUGGAAAAAGCACUGGAGACCAUUCCUAUAACUCCAGUGGAAAGGGGCUACGCAGCUGUGGCUACACAGGAGGAGGACAUGGGUCAGUUUGAUACAGUGGAGCAGCUGGAGGAGUCCACCACCUCUCUGGUUUCCUCUUCCACAUCGGCCUACUCCUCCUUCCCUGUGGAUGUGGUCGUCUACGUCAGAGUUCAGCCCUCUCAGAUCCGCUUCAGCUGCCUGCCUAUGUCCAGGGUGGAGUGUAUGCUCAAACUGCCCUCUUUAGACCUGGUCUUCUCUUCUAACCGUGGAGAACUGGAGACCCCGACAGGAACCCACCCCACUGACGGACCGCACCCCCCCUCCUCCACUCCACCAGGGCAACAUAUCCCCAAAGCACCUCCCAGCAAAGCGUCUCCGUUGCUGGGGAGCCCUCUGGGCAGGAGCCGCCACAGCAGCAGCCAGUCAGACCUCACCGGCCCCCCCAUCAACUCCUCAGGUCUCAGCUUCACUGCCUGCAUGUCGGACUUUUCCCUCUACGUCUUCCACCCCUACGGCGCCGGGAAGCAGAAAUCUACUGUUACAGGCCUGGCUCCGGGCCCAGGGCCAUUAGGUACAGUGGACGAGGAGCCUUCCUCAGUAACGGGAAGAAAAGACUCUCUGAGUAUCAACCUGGAGUUUGUGAAGGUCAGCUUAUCUAGGAUGAGGCGCACUGGAGGCCCCACCUUCAUCGAAAGCUUCAUUCCUGCCAAAGGUGGCAAAAUGGACACAACCCUCAUCAACAUCUCAGCUGUGUGUGACAUUGGCUCGGCUUCCUUCAAGUACGACAUGCGGCGACUGAGUGAGAUCCUGGCCUUCCCGAGAGCCUGGUACCGCCGAAGUAUCGCCAGGCGUCUCUUCCUGGGAGACCAGACUAUCAACCUGCCAGCCUCCGGCCCCGCCACCCCGGACUCGGUCGAAAACGUCACCCAGCACCUGUCCCCCGAGUCCAGCCGGAAAGCCUACUGGAGGACGUGGGACGGCAGCACCGGCACACAGCACAUGCCCCAAUCCCCCAACGUCUUUUCAGAGCACUCCACUGGAAGCAACAUGUCCCCGGGCGGCCUGGGCCACCUCAAGUCCCCUGCACCUGGACGCACCAGGAGCGUGUCCGAUUCCUCUGCUCCUCGGAGAGACUCUGUGACAAAAACCUCCACCCCUUCCUUCAGUAAGAACGGUAAGGCAGCAGGUCAGCAGGGGGCGCCGUGGGAGACACUGGUGGUCUUCGCCAUCAACUUGAAACAGCUGACCGUCCAAAUGAACAUGAGCAACGUCAUGGGAAACAAUACCUGGACGACCAGCGGGCUGAAGAGUCAGGGCCGACUGUCUGUAGGCAGCAACCGGGACCGAGAGAUCAGCAUGUCUGUCGGCCUCGGACGCUCCAAGCUCGACUCCAAGGGCGGGGUGGUGGGUGGCAAUAUAGACGUGAACACCCUGGAGAUGGUCUCCCACAUCUCCGAACACCCCAACCAGCAGCCCAGCCAUAAGAUCCAGAUCACCAUGGGGUCGACAGAGGCGCGUGUGGACUACAUGGGCUCCAGCAUCCUGAUGGGAGUUUUCAGCAAUGCUGACCUGCAGCUGCAGGACGAAUGGAAAGUCAACCUGUGCACCGUCGACACCAGCCUUUCGGAGAAAAGUGAAAUCUUCGUCCAUGGAGACUUGCAGUGGGACAUUUUCCAGGUGAUCAUUUCACGCUCCACCACGCCAGACCUCAUCAAGAUCGGCAUGAAGCUGCAGGAGUUUUUCACUCAGCAGUUUGACACCAGCAAGCGAGCCCUCUCCACCUGGGGGCCUGGUCCCUAUCUGCCCCCCAAAACCCCUGUCAUCAACGCUGAGAAAGGAUCUGCAGAGCUUUACAUGGAUGCAGCCCAUCACCGCCACUGGCCCGGGGUGCUGAAGGUAAUCGCUGGCUGCCACAUCUCCCUCUUCCAGAUGCCUCUGCCUGAGGACGCCGUGCAGCUGGGCGGUUCAAUGAGCCUCCAUGGCAAUCACAUGACGCUGGCCUGCUUCCACGGGCCCAACUUCCGCUCCAAGUCGUGGGCUCUAUUCCACCUGGAAGAGCCCAACAUCGCCUUCUGGACCGAGGCACAGAAGAUCUGGGAGGACGGCUCCAAAGAUGAUUCUACCUACAUUGUUCAGACACUGGAUUUCCAUCUUGGUCAUAACACUAUGGUGACCAAACCCUGCGGUGCACUCGAAAGUCCAAUGGCCACCAUAACCAAAAUAACCCGCCGGCGGCAUGAAAACCCCCCGCAUGGAGUCGCGACAGUCAAAGAAUGGUUCAACUAUGUCACUGCCAUGAGGAACGAAGAGUUGAACUUGCUCCGGAACGUGGAAGCCAACAACCAAGAGAGCGGAGCGGCUGCUAAAAGCUCGAGUCUGCUGAGCAGCUUCCGCAGCUCCUCCAGCUACAACCACGAAACUGAGACAAUCUUUGCUCUUCCCAGAAUGCAACUGGACUUUAAGUCCAUCCACGUACAAGAUCCUGAUGAACCUACUCUAACAGAAGCCAACAGCAAGCCCAAAGUGGAGUGCAGCGUUGUGACAGAAUUCACAGACCACAUCUGUGUCACCAUGGACGCCGAGCUCAUCAUGUUUCUUCAUGACCUGGUGUCUGCCUACCUGAAGGAGAAGGAGAAAGCCCUUUUUGCCCCGCGGAUGUUCGCGGCUCGGCCAGGCCAGAAGAGCCCCACCGCCCUGCAUGACGAAAGCUCCACAGACAAGGACCAGGACGACGGCAUCAACUACACCACGGUGGACUGGAGGGAGUUCAUGUGCAACACCUGGCACUUGGAGCCGACCCUCAGGCUUAUCUCCUGGACAGGACGUAAGAUCGACCCGGUGGGUGUGGACUACAUCUUGCAAAAACUGGGCUUCCACCACGCCCGGACUACGAUUCCCAAGUGGCUGCAGAGGGGCGUGAUGGACCCGUUGGACAAGGUGCUGUCGGUGCUCAUCAAGAAGCUGGGCACCGCCCUGCAGGACGAGAAGGACAAGAAAGGCAGGGACAAGGAGGAACACUGAGGAACACUCGUACCACUGUAACGAUAAGCUGUGCAUACCUUCUAUGCAGGUCACAAACACUGGAUUACUGGGUUACAACGGCCACUACUGUACAACCCAUUUGUUAAAUGUACCCAUUUUACCUGCUACAGCCUGUGAACUUCAGCAUAGUUGUUUACUGUGGAGCAUGCCACUUGCGGCUCUGACUGAAGCGUUUUGCACCAAUGUUGUUUUCUGUAUAUUUUGAACAAAGUAGCAAAUGUUAGAAUUAUUUGACUGCUUUAAUGGUACAAAAAAAAAACACAAAAAAAAAAAACUUGCCUCUUUUACCUGUUGUAAAUGACCUUACUGAAAUCGCUUGAAAGUUUAUUUUAAGGCUUACCAAUAUUUCAUGAGAAAUGAUUUCUUAUACCAUUGCCUUUUCUUUGUUUCCCAUGGAACACAUGGUAGCUAUGCUUUAUGUAUUUUAUAGUGUAGCUUUAAGAUAUUUAAGAACAGUUCAGUGACAGUGUUUUUGAUUUUUAUUUUUAAUUUUUUUGGGAUGUGAACAAAUAAAUACUGAGAGGUUACGGCACAUCAUCCACUCAGUUAUGAGGAUAACAUGAACUUGUAAUUAUAAUUUGAACCAAGAUCACUAUUUAUGGGUAUGUGGGAUGCAAAGUCUAUAACAUGUAUUAGCUUGGUGUGUCAAGCUUAUUUUUGUCCUUUUUUAAAAUCCAUACAGCAGAACCAGUGUAUAUAAUACAAUUUCUUAAAUAUGUUGAUUUCCUAACUUAAUAAAAAUAUUGCCAUUCAAUUUUA